AUUCAUCACAAUCCAAAACUCUCCCUCUCUCCUCUUUGUUUUACAGUUUCUAUCUCAAACGGUGAAGCAAUCGGUUUUCCGGCGGGCUAUACCGAGCUCCUUCUCCCAAAAAUCUUCCUUCAUCUACUCUCUUUCUUAGGUCUGAUACGAAAACUAAUCUGCACACUUUUCUGGUUCAUUGGUUUACCCGAUUUCUUAGAACCCGAACCGGUUUGGCCCGACCCACCACCAAACUCCACCACCUCAAGCCACCAAGACUCUAACUUGUUUUCAGCAGCGCUGCUAGCUGGAGAGAUCUUGCCCGUUGUCAGAUUUUCGGAUCUAAACCGACCCGAAUCCGAAUGUUGUGCCGUGUGUCUCUACGAUUUCGAAAACGACGAUGAGAUCCGACGGCUGACAAAUUGCAGGCAUAUAUUCCAUAAAGGAUGUUUGGACCGUUGGAUUAUGGAUUACAGUCAGAUGACGUGUCCGCUUUGUCGUACUCAGUUCAUACCUGAUGAACUUCAAGCGGCUUUUAAUGAAAAGCUUUGGUCUGAUUCUAGUGAAGACGUUUCUGAACUUCUUGCUCAAUCAUCUUAGGACAUAGUUCUUUUUCCUCUCGCUUGACAUGGUAAUAUAAAGGUUAUUUUUCUUGUUAGUACUUUGUUAUUAGUAUUGUGUUUGGUGGCUGAUUGAUGUAAAUUAAAAAAAUAGGUAGUGGUUACAGGCUAGUGAAAAAGAAGAAGAAACUUGUAUCAUCUUAUUCAGAAAAAAGGAAAAA